UAAACCGGCUAAUCGCGUGACGUCAAGUCGUCUGCUGCCUCAGUUCUGCUGUCCGCGCAGACGAUCUAGGGAAAAAAAAUUAUUAUUCACCCGGAUUAUUUCCCGGACAUAAACGCCGAGAAUUGUUCUGUUAUUGAUAAUCGAUUGGUGUUCACUCGUCAUUGAUACUGUUCUCGUCUGUUUAGUGUGACAUGUGAUAGGUUAUAGGUCAGGCCGAAACAGACGUUUAAACCAUGUGUUCAUCAAACAGAGACCGAAACAGAAUUUAUUAGAGCCCGUGGUCUUUGAAAAAUGUAACUGUUCAUAAUAAAUAAUUUUGAUUGCCAGAAAAAAGAAAAGAAAUUCUUGGAUUACAUACAUUAUAAUAUAAACUACUGACUAGAAACUGAAGUUGUUAUAAUGUUUACAUUUUAUUCGAUAUAACAAAGGAAGUUUAGUAUUCACCGCAAUGUUUCCUACAACAUUCAACAAAUGUCUCGCUUCAGUUGUGUGCGUUGUGGCUUUUGUUUUGAUCGGGGUUCAAGGUCACGAAUUCCAGCCCGACGAUGCCAAGUUGAUCCUGAAGCAACACAAUGAGUACAGACGGCAGGAGUCAGCAGCCGACAUGUACCAGAUGUUCUGGAACGUGAGCCUGCAGCAGAGGGCCGACAACUGGGCGAGGCGCUGCCUCUUCAAGCACGAGCGUAGCCCGGAUGUGGGGGAGAACCUAUUCUUCGACACGGACCACCAGAACGGCGUCUACAGCCGGGGCUUGAAGGCGUGGUACGACGAGAAGACCAACUGGGGGUACACGGACCAGGGGUGUCGUGGGACCUGUCACUACACUCAGGUCGUCUGGUCGUACACAACCAACGUAGGAUGCUCGGCCCACGUGUGCCCGAACCUGAACGUCGGAGGCCGGAUGAUCAAGAACGCCAUGUACCUGGUCUGCUUCUACUAUCCAAGAGGAAAUUUUGUUGGCCACUUCCCGUACGCCAAAGGUCAAGCGUGUUCUGAUUGUGCUGAGGGGGACACGUGUUUAGAUGGGCUGUGUGUGUCGUCUGGUCCUGAAUCCAAACUGGCGCCAGAUUUCGUCAAGGCCAUGCCAUCACAGAGUCUAACCAUGUCCUCCAGCCACAUCAGCACGCUCGACGCCUUCAAGUCGCUGAGUCAGCAGUUCCCCACCCACACCGUCCACCACAGCUCGCGGCACCAGCGUCACGAGCAGCAGCACCACCAGAGCGAGACGGUGGUCUCGCCCUCGGGCUACACCCACCAGUCCCACUCCCGGUACCACCAUCAGGAGGUUCGCCAUUCCCAGACGCACUACCAGUCUAGAAACGACAUGGAGCGGAAGUGGCUGGAGAAGAUGAAACAGGAGGAGCAAGGUGAGACCAGAGUUCCGGUGCAAGAGGUGGACGAUGAGGGAGAGGAGAGGAGGCGUCAGGAGGAGAGGAGGCGUCACAACGAGAUGCUCAAGAAGAGGGAGAACGACGCUAGACAGAUCAAGCUGCUGCUGAGGGAGAAGCUGAGGCUGGAGGAGGAGAAAAGACGUCAAGAGAUGGCGAGGGUGGAGGAGGAGAAGCGGGAGGAGAUGCUGAGGGUGAGAGAACAGAGACGGGAGGAGAUGAAGAGGAGGGAGGAGAGGAAACGAGAGGAGACGCAGAGGCUGGAGGACCAAAAACGUGAAGAGAUGUUGAAGAUGGAGGAAGAAAAACGCCGGCUCUCCGAACAGACGACGCCCCUGCAAGUGGACACCCUCCGCCUAGAAAACAAAGACACCUCUGGCAGACAACCGAAGAUCGUCUACCCUGAACAAGAAACGCCCCUGUCUGAAAAGUCGGUCAGCGUCGUCACACGGACCGAGUCGAACAGUUCCAGUUGGAACCACACCCUGCUGACGCCGGAUGGGCCCAGGUCUCGGCAUUAUUCAGAUCACGUGCACCGCAGUGGGGUGAGUGCCCAGGAGAUGGUCAAGUCCUACAGGCCACCCACUGACCAGAGGGGCGGCUCGCAACAAGAGGAGGAGAAGCAAGUUCUUGAUGCAGACGGUAGACCGUGUACAGACAGACGGAAGGAAUGUCCCACUUGGGCGACUAAAUGUCAGCGAAGUGCGGUCGUGACCCUCGCCUGCCCUUUGACCUGCGGCAAGUGUGGCCUUCACCUAACCAACCGGAAGAGAAACAGCUACUCACGAGCCCAAGGAAACGUGGACGCCAAGGCCUACCACAGGACCCACACGCGCGCACGGCGGCCCAAGAAGACCCGCCAAAACCAGAAAAAGAAGAUUGAAAAACAGCGGGAAAGAGAGGCCUUGGUGAGGGAAAAAGAUCAAUCUUUGAGGGGCAGUGACGCCCCAGUGAGAGAAAGAGAUCAGUCUUUGAGGGGCAGUGACGCCCCAGUGAGGGGAAAAGAGCAGUCUUUAAGGGGCAGUGACGCCCCAGUGAGGGGAAAAGAGCAGUCUUUGAGGGGCAGUGACGCCCCAGUGAGAGAAAGAGACCAGUCUUUGGGGGGCAGUGACGCCCCAGUGAGGGGCAGUGACGCCCCACAGGAAAUGAGAGAGCUGCGCAUGCGUCAGGUGACCAAUGGGGUACAAAGGGACCAGGAAACGAAACCGGAUGAGGCUCCUGUUAUAGUCGAGCCUCUCAGGCCAAGACGAAUCAACCCCCACACUCAAGCACGCGCCAGCAUGUGCCGGGACUACCCGACCCACGUGACGAGCUGCAAAUUCUGGUCAAAACGAGGCUACUGUCUACACAACCAGAUCGUCCGUGAGGUUUACUGCAGGCAUUCCUGCGCGUCCUGUGGUUAAGUGGGUUCGAAUCCCACUCAGCCUGACGUUAAUUCUGGUAUUUAAUUAACACUGAGGUAUAUAAUGACGCAAUGCUGUGGUAAACAGCUAACCCUGUUGUCGCCUAGAAAGUAUGAAUAUUUAUAAACAAAAUGUUAUUGAAUUGCUUGUUGGUAUGGGAUGUUUAGGAUUUAUUUUCGGUUGGUUUAUUUUUAUAGUAGGUAAUACUCAUUCAAAGUAUUUCAAGAGACUUCAGUAUAAGUAAUGCCUAGCAUUCUUUCCUCGUAUUAUGUAAGGUUAUUUGGAUAUGCUAUCUGUAUAGGUCAUAUAAAAUAUGAGGUUUUUAUAUAGGCCAUUUAGAAACGUUGUUUGUAUAGACAAUAAUAUAUAAACAGAAUGUUUAUGUGUUAGUCAUAAAAAAUCAACGUUUAUGGAAUACAGUAUAAAAAAAUAGGUUAUAAAGAAAAAGUAAGAUUGGACAUGAGCAAUAUUCAAACAGUUAUGUGGUGUUGUAAACAAACUAUAAAACAAGACAUUCAUUAGAAAAGUGUAUUAUAUUUUUGUUAAUUGUUUCUAUAAGAAAAACAUUUAACAAGUGGUGUUUUGACCACGUGAUGUGAUUAAACAAGAUUGCCUUGACGUAUUUAACAUAUUACAUUUUAUUUUUUCUGACAUUGUCGGUUUUUUAAAAGAAUUCAUAGUCAUAGUGUCUUGGCAUCACAGGAUGGACAAAGGUGGACAGCACAUAUUAAAAGCCAAUAAAUGC